GGCUCGCGCCGCACAUGCGCAGACCGCCGCUCCUCCUCGGCCUCAGCAGCGUCGCGCUUCUCUUCAGGCUGGAAAAUACAACACGAUGAUUUGUUUUUAGUAUCGAUAUGUUUUCAUUAGAGUUUGAUUUGAGGUUCGGAAGGGUUUGUAAUCAUCUGCGUGUGUUUGCUCCGUUCUGUGGACACGUUUGGACUCGACAGUGACGCAAUUUUACAGUAAAUUUUCUGGAUCGAUGUCAGACUUUACUGUCAAUCCUUGACUGAUAAUCGACUGGAGUUGCUGUUAUGGAGGCGGUUCUGGAGCGACUGCAGACGCUGAGCGCGGAUCAGCUGAGAGACGAGCUCACCGGCGUCGGACUCAGAUGCGGCCCGGUCACGGCCACCACCAGGAGCGUCUUCGAGAAGAAGCUGGCUCGAGCUCUUCUGGGGGAGGCUGCGGUGCAUUCUGGGAGCUCACUUCCUGUGGAGGAGCUCCAGCAGCCAAUCAGUGAGCAGAACCGAGAGGAAGUGACUGGUGACGCUCAAACCCCAGAGCCGCAGCCGGACGGUCCGUGUGUUUAUUACGGCGUGUGUCCUGAGCCAGACGACCCAGCGGUUGAAGAAGGAUCGCCGCUUGUGUACGUCGAUAAGAUGAAGGCGCUGAAGGCCGUGAUGAAGCUGAAAGGAGCUCGAUUCAAAGCCUUUGCCUGUAAAGAAGACGCGGAGAACUUCGCUAAAGGUUUCUGUGUGUCGCCGCUCAAACCGUCUCUAGAGAAAACCAGCGCAGAGUGCUCUGUGAAUUCAGACGCUGUGAACCUGGAGAAGGGCAAUGAAUUUAAGAGUCCUCGAACCCAAGACAUGACGGCCAAACUGCGCAAAACCGUGGAGAGAGGAGACGAGGAGGCGUUCAGAGAGCUGGUCUGGGGAAAUCCACGAUAUCUCAUCGGAUCCGGGGACAAUCCCACUAUCGUGCAGGAGGGAUGCAGAUAUAACGUCUUGCAUGUGGCGGCUAAAGAGAACCAGGCGGGCAUCGCUCGUCUGCUGCUGGAGACGCUGGAGGACCCCGAGUUCAUGCGGCUCAUGUAUCCUAACGAUAACGAGCUCAUGCUGCGGCAGCGCAUUCGAUACAUCGUCGAUCUGUACCUCAACAUGCCUGACAAAGCUAGCAACGAGACGCCGCUGCACUUCGCGUGUAAGUUCGGAUGUCCGGAGGUGGUGGAUGUUCUGUGUUCACACCCGAGCAUCGACAAACACUGCAGGAACAAAUAUGACCAGAAACCGUCCGCUGUGAUCUGUGAGCGCAAGAACAAGAGCAAGGAGGUGAAGCAGAAGAUCGUGGAGUAUUUGGAAGACAGAUUUUAUGUGCCGUUGCUGCGGGCCGCAGAUAACACGCUGCAUCCGGUGAUUGGCGCCCCCUGGUGUCUCGGGUCACCGGAGUCCAGCGGUCAGUUAUACAGGCCUGACAGGAUGAUGGACAGCCCCAAAAACCCAAUAAUGACCCUCACGGCUUUUGCUGGUCCUCUGACUUCAUCAAAGGCCGAGGAGUUUCACAGACUGUGGAAGACGCCGCGGCGGGAACGAGCCGGAUAUUUCCAUCAGAUCCUGAAGACGGAUUCAGAGCGCGGCGCAGAGAGAGUCGGCCGAGAGCUGGCUCGUGAGAUGGGACUCCCGUGGGCCGAAUACUGGGCUUUCCUCCGCUGCUUCAUCGAUCUGAGCAGCAGCGACGGGCUGGAGAUGCUGGAGGAGCACCUGAGCUUCACAGUCAACCGUUCAUCCGCAGGCCGCUCUGAUCGGUCGUCUGGGGCGUUUCUUGAUUCAGAUGAAGCAGAUGAACUACAUCCGUUCCCGGUACGAGAUCUGCUGCAGGAGUUUGAGAAGGUUCUGCUGGAGCGGAGCGCAGACUCUGGCUGCGCGGCUGAUGAAGACGGCUCCAGCUGCGGCUCAGAAGAGUAUUUCACCGCCGACGAGGACACAGAGGACGGCUCGGUCCAGCCGGACUCCUCCAGCUCCUCCUUUAAAUCCACACACAGCACCACGGAUCUGAGCCACAGAGCUCAUGUGUUUAUAGCAGGUAAUUCCCCGACCAAGCUGGACAGUGAUGUUCUUGUAGCGCUGAAUGACGUGGAGAUCGAGCCGCUCUCAUAUCCCAGCGUCCUCCGGUGGAGGAACAUGAUCUUGUCCUAUUCUCCAUCACAACGACAGAGCUGGCCGUCCCCCUCACAGAUGAACAGAGACAUGGCCUUCAAACUGAACUGGUUAACCGUCUCGCCCAAGUUCAGAAGCCCCGGUCAAUUUAACCCUCAGCGGUUCACGUUGAGCCCGCCGAGCAAACCCUACAGUCGCCUUUAACCAGAGCUUCAGCUCAGAAACUCUCAGCAGAUCACUUUCUACUAGUGCUUUUAUUACAAGUUAAACUAUGUUUUAUGCAAUUUUCUAUUUUUGCACAGCAAUUGUGUUGUCUUUAAUAAUUGCACUAAUUUUCCUGCAUGAUAAUGUUUGUGAAUGCUGGGGAAAAAAGCUGCAUCUUAAGUUUGAUAUAUGUAAUAUAUAAUUAUAAUGCAUUGACGUAUGUUUCCUUGUUACAUAAAGAUUUGUUAAGAAAACA